AUGGCAGUCAUAAGAACUUUGAUAACUCUCUGCUUCUGUGCUGGGUUGGCGGCAGCAGCCAACUCCACUGAAGAAGCUCCGAGGGAAAAGAGAGGCUCCCUUGGUGGCAGUGGGCACGGCGACGGCGCAGCGGCCGGGUACCUGGUCGUGGGCGCCGGCACCGGAGGCCAGCACUCCAAAGGCGUGGCUCAACAGGCAGCAGACCAGCAGAAAGCUGACGUGGCUCAGCUUACCCAGGCUCUCCAGGGCGCCCAGGCAGCCUUCUUCUCGGAGUCUUCCCUGGCCGGAAAAGCCGCAAUUGCAGCUACGUCAGCGGAGAACGUGUACUCCCAGGCCCUCUCCUUGAUCCGCCAGCUGGAAGCGGCCCACGCGGAGGUCCAGGCAGUCACGGCACAAGCGGAGCAGGCUCUCCAAGCCGCGCAGGCUGUGCAGGUCUCACAAGACAUCAUGGCUUGGCAGGCUCUGCAGAUCUCCAACAGCCUUAACUUUCAGCAGCAACUCGCGAUCAGCGAUCUGAGCGGAGCGGGAUACGGCGGCCACGGUGGCCAGGGAACUUAUGGCCAGUCGGGCGGCCAAACAGGUUAUGGGUCCGGCAGUGUGGUCGGGGGCUUCGUCGACUACGGCGGGCUUGGCCAGAACGUUGCAACUUCAACAAGUGGCUACGUCAGCGCCAGCCAAUCGAGCCACCUCAGCUACGGCAACGCCCAAACAAGUCUCGGCAGCGAAGGACAGAACGCGCUGAUUAGCUACGGAAGCGAAGGGCAGAGCAGCCAUGGCAGCAACGGGAAGGGUGACCAAAAUAUCCAAAUUAGUUAUACCGAUGGUAAUCAAAAUGGUUUUGAUGAUCAGGCCACUUAUACCAACGGUGAUCAAAUAAUCCAGAAUAACGGUGGCCAAAUUAUUCAAUCAGGUCAUGGCCAAAAUAAUGAGGGUCAUGUAAUUUACAGCGAUGAUGUCCAGAAUAAUGGUGGCCAAACUAUCUACGACAAUGGUCAAAAUAAUCAAAAUACUUAUGUAAACAAUGAUCACGGGCAUUUGGGGGCAAGUGUCCAAAACAAUGGAGAACAAUUCAACUACGACAAUGGCCAAAAUGAGCAAAUCACCUUUGGUAACGAUGGACAUAUUAAUGUUGGCCAAAUUAUCAGUAAUAACAUUGCACAAAAUGGUCACAUUAGUUACGAAAGCAAUGACCAUUCAAAUUUUGGCAACAAUGGUCAAAAUAAUGUCCAGUUUAACUACGAUAACAAUGACCACAACAGCCGAAUCAGUUACGACGAUGGCGCCCAAAUUAAUGUUGGCCAUAUCAACCAUAGCCAAAAUGACCACAUAAAUUCCGGUCUCAAUGCCCACGUCGCUUUUGGAAACAGUGGCCAAAAUAAUGAGGGUCAGUUUGUUUACGACAACAAUGGCCAAAAUAUGAAUGACCAUUCUAACUACGACAACAGUGGCUUAAAUAAUAACGUCCAAUUUAGUCACGGCAACGUUGAUCAAAAUACCGGUAUCUCACAUGGCAACGAUGGCAAUAAUGGCCAAUAUGUCUAA